UGGCAGCCACACAGUCACAUAGCAGUAGCAGCAUUUAGCAUUUGGAUCAUUCACACUUCCUGUUGGAUCAAUACUUCUGUUGUUGUUGUUGUUGUUGGGUUUUUUUUAUCCUGCUGGGAAAAGACCAGACAGAGUAUAAAUCAACCUUUGUCGCUGCCUCCUGGAACGCCUGAAACAUGGCACACGUCCAGAGGGUGCAGAAGAAGACCAGCACUAUGUCUCUGACCAUCUCCUCCUCCUCCUCCUCUUCCUCUCGGGAGCUCUCUUCCUGCUCCUCCAGCUCCUCUGCCUCCUCCGCCAUCCUUGCUCAGAGACACUCCAGCCUGGUGCAGCCGCUGUCUGUCAGCCCUCAGAGGACCCAGAGUCCAAUCUACACUCAGCAGUAUUCAGGGCAUGGAGUGGCCCCUACAUUUGUUAAGUGUCUCCAUGAUGUGUCCACAGUGAAGGGCCAGCUGGUGGUCCUGGAGUGCAGACUGAGGGGGACUCCUCCCCUGCAGGUCAUCUGGUACAGAGAGGACGAUCAAAUACUGGACUCUGAUGACUUUAGGAUACUACGCAAGAAGGCCAGUUCUGCAUCAGUGCCAGAGGAGCUCUGUACACUAGUGAUCACUGAAGCCUUUCCAGAAGACUCAGGCCUGUUUAAAUGCAUGGCUCUCAACCCCUUCGGCACAGUCUCCUGCUCAGCCAUCCUGGAGGUUUACAAUGACCUGGAGGAGCAGCUGGAGAUCGAGGCAAUUCGCCAGCAGGAAGCAGCCACUCUCACACAGGAAGACAAGUUGUUGUUCCAGCAGGAGAAUGUGUCUGUCCAGACUUCCUCCUCCACAAAGAGCAGCCAGGACUUUCCCCCUUUGCUGCCCGACUCCAUGACCCUGCCCCCUCCUGAGUGGCCUGACAGCCCCAUGGAAGAUAACACCCCCACUGUUGCAGAUUUCCCAGAGCCUCAGCCAUUAAACCACUCCUCUGAAGAACCCUUUGGUCGCAGCGAGGAGGAGUAUGCUCUGAGCUCAGAGGACCAAAGGUCACCAGAGGUCACUGUCCGAGCCUGUACGCCCAGCCCUCCUCCUCCACCCUCACCCUCACCACCACCACUAGCUCAAGUCAAGGAGAAAGCCCCAGCACCCAAGCUGUUCACUCCAAGCAAGCUCAGUUUCACUUCCUCCCAGUCAGGAGGCAACAACAUGAACCUGUCGGACCUGCCUACCUUCACUCCUAGCGCCUUCCCUCCCAGCGCCUUCAACUAUGAGCGACCGAGACAUUUUAUUCAGUCGCAGCCGGCCUUCCAGGCACCCAGCUAUGAAAGCGUGCUGCGGGAGGCCCAGGAGAACCAGAAUAACUCCCAACAGAACCUGAACAGCUCCCAGAAUAGUUCAAAUGUUCAGGAGGCACAAAGUCAAUCUAAAAUUAUGUCCACACAAAGUCAGUCAUUUUCUCAAAGUCAGUCAGUGUCAAAGUCGUUGUCUCAGACUCAGUCACAAUUUCAGUCACUAAGCCUCAAUCAAAACCAAAACCAAUCUGCUUCCCAGUCACAAAUCCAGAGCCAGGCCAACGGAAUGGGGAAGUCCUCACCAUCCUCAUCCAGUCUCAGCUCUCCCGUUUCUACCCCGGCUUCCUCUGCUGCGCCUCCUCCUUCCUUCCCUGCCCCCUUGCUCAGUCCCUCCUCCUCCCCUUUCCCAGCCUCCUCAUCCUCGGCCCCCCGCACCACCAUGCGCUCCACCAUCACCCUCACCCCCAGCAUCCCCAGUGCCACCGGCCUCGGCAGCGCCACUCUGCCAGCCAACCAGGACAGCAUGUCAGCUCCCGCUGCUUACCUCUGCUCUGUGCUGCCCUCCCAGUCCUCCUUCUCCCCUUACUCCCCCUCCAAACUGUCUCCCAACUCCAACCUGCCCAACCCCUCCAUUUCUCCGUCCCGCUCCCCACUCGCUCCUUCCAGCCCUCUCCUCCCUAUGAGGGCCGUCUCCUCUCCUUCCUCCCUCCCUCAGCAGCCUCUCCCAGUGUCCCCUUCCCUCCCUCAAUCCCCCGUCUCUCCUUCUUCCUCCUCCUCUCUCCCACAGCCCACCUCUCCCAACAGUCAGAACAGAGUACCACCUGCUGUGGUCUCCCUUCCUGCCAACUAUAAGGGGACACCUAACAUUCUUCCUAAGCCCAUCCUGAAGAAGACUGUGGCUCCUCGGCCUUCCUCCUCUCGCUCCACAGAUGAAGACAUCCAGGGCUCCAAAGACGCCCUCAUCCAGGAUUUGGAAAAGAAGCUGCGCUCAAAGGAGGCCAGAAGGAGAAACAGCCAGAAACUGUCCUAUGAGGAGCGUAUGGCUCGCAGGCUGCUGGGUCCAGACAACGCCACCUACGUGUUCGACCAAGACAAUCUUUCAGACUCGCAGAUAGACCAGCCAGAUUCACCAGAGGGAAGACACACAGGUGGACUAUGGGGGAGGCACCACUCAGGGACAGAUGAGAGGGGAAAUGAGGGAUCAGCCAUCCAGGAGAAAUGUUACGCUCCUCGCUUCCUACAGAUCCCUCCAGACCUCACUGUGGAGGAGGGACGCUUCUGUAGGAUUGACUUCAAGGUUGGAGGCCUCCCCACCCCAGAUGUCUGCUGGUACCUGGACGGUAAAGCCAUACGUCCAGAUGAUUACCAUAAGAUGUUGGUGUGUGAGAAAGGAAUGCACUCAUUCAUCAUAGAGAUCGUCACAGUGCACCAUGCUGGCGUGUAUGAGUGUGUCGCCAAGAAUCGUGCGGGAGAGAGCAGAUUUACCAUGAAGCUUGAUGUAAUAGCCCAGGAGGCUCUCCGUCCUCCCACCUUCGUCCAGAAGAUGUCGAACUCCAGAGCUCUAGAGGGCGACACUGUCAGGUUAGAGUGUAAAGUGGACGCCUCUCCUCCUCCACAGCUUUUCUGGAAGAAAGAUAAAGACAUGCUGCGCAUUGACCCCAACAGAAUGAGUCUGUACCAGGACGGGUCAGGCAGGCAGUGCUUGUUGAUAGAGAGGGUGAUGAAGUCUGAUGCUGGUUGGUACACUCUCUCUGCCAUCAAUGAAGCUGGCAUGUCCACAUGCAACGCCAGGCUGGAUGUCGGCUCUCGCGCAACCCAACCCAUGAAAACGGCGCCCCCUGGCUCGAAGACGUUGAAGCUGCUGUCGUCUCUGAGCCACGUGCCCGCUCUGACCGUGGAGCGCCCCGCCCAGCACACCGCCCCGCUGUAUGAGAGCGAAGAGCUGUAGAUCCUAACUAAUCCCCCCCCAGUCAGUCUCAUCCUGCAUUCACAAUCACUCAUCUCACAACUGGGCCCGAGUCUAAUAUGUGAACAUCUGCAAAACACUGUGAUGCAGUUUUUAAGAAUUUCACACGUUCAUGACAACCCUUCUUCCAUCCGUCAGAAGUUUUGAGAUAUUUCAAACAGGUCUUUUUAAAGAAUAUGUUUUAAGCUGAGAGGAAACACUUGGUGGCUAAUUUGAGAAAAAUGUUUCCAUAGUUAGUGCGGUCAAGUUCCUUCUGACUUAAACUCAUCAUGUUGUCCAUCUGCUGCAGUUUGUUAGCGCUGUGCCCAUCCUUCUUCCUCUGUUUAUUGUGUACAACUGCAGAGUUCAUGUUUGAUACACGUCUGUACGCCUCUCUACUCUGCCCGUCUGUCUUGUCCUGUCUGCUCUCAGCAAAAUGGUGUGUCGAGGUCAUGUGGAUGUAUUAAUAGACCUGGAUACGGUGUGGCAGAGUCAGCCCUGAUGCCUGUUUUAUCCCAGCGGCCAAGCACAAUACAACAAAAAAUCCCCUGCAGCCAGGAAACAUCUCCCUAAUUUAAAGGACGUAUUUGUAAAACUGAUGACAGGAUAUGAUGUCACUCAUCACUAUUUGUGUAAAAUAUUUAAAUUAUGAAGGUCUAACAUUUGUAAAACUGGACCUGAGCCUACAAAAGCUAUUUGUUCUCUUAAUGUAAUGUGUUUAUUACAAGCAGGCAGGGCCAGGGACACUGGACUCUAAUGCAGAACACAGUGGCAAACCAGAAAGAGAGAAAAUGUACUAGUAAACACUUUAAAUGAAUGUGCGCCAUCUUGAAACACAGUUUCCGGCUCUCCUCCAUAGUCUAGAGUUAGAACAUAGACAGCAGACUCACAAUCCAGCACGGCCAACAUCGAUCAGAUGCUGCACUUUAAACCCUGACAACUGUCUCCUUGUCGCUCUUCCUCUAACUCGUAGUUGAGUAAAGAUGGUUUUGUGUUUGAGCCUCAGAAUGUAUAUGUUUGUCUCUGAAUUUCAGCUGCUGCUGCCUCUCAUGCCGUGUGUCUGUAAAGCUACAUUUACUGCAAUAGAAAAUCAGAUUUUUAAAGUUUUGAUGUUGAAAGAAAUCUCAGAUAUCACAGUCGAUCACUUCUCAGAUUCUCUGCUGUGGUGUAAAUUCAGUCUAAUUGUUUUAAAGUUGGUUUCUAAUAUACAGUGUCUGUGAAUGAAUAUUUAUUUGAAGUUAUUAGUUAUCAGUGUUGGGACUGUUAAGUUGCCCUUCUCUUGCCUGCAGAAGGCUGAAACCAGAGGUGUAUUGAUGAGUUGGACAAACAACAGGCUUUCAUUUUGAUACCCAGCCUCUACAACUGAACACAAAACCUGCUCUGCACUUAAAAGAACAUUCAGACCUUACUUAUUUGAAAAGUUUACAUUUUAUCACAUCUGCAGUGCAGAUACGAAGUUUAUUCACUUUAUUCAAGAGGCAGAAAUGUGUUUUUCUCCUUGAAUGCAUGUAAUUCUUCAUGUUCAGUUGAAUAUGGGUAUCAGUAUGUCAUCCUGGGCCCAGAUUUGCCAAACUCUCAAAUUUCUGACCACAGCCUUAUAUAAUACAGUCUAUCAAAAAGAGGCUUGAGUUGCCUGCUUACCAUGGAACUGCUUGUUAGUGCCAGCCAGGAGCUAAUUUCACAAAAAAUGUUGUAUUUUUGGCUGGAUCUGCAUGCAAACUGAAAAGCUGGUGUUUAACCCUGUGUGGCCACAGAUCAGUGGCAGGAAUCCCUUUGAAGAUGCCCAUAUAGAUAUAUAAUAACAUAUAUAAUAACAACCUGAUGAAAACUAUAGUUCAAAUGCAGCCCAUUACAAUGUAAACUGAUUUCACUGAAACGUAAUGUUUCUAGAUACAAUAUUUCUACAGUUUGUCACGAUAAAGUUUGAAUGAAACAGGGUUAAAGAUUGGAUUUGCUUAAAGCACCAGAGUAGUUUUGGUAAGUUAGGCCCUUUCUGUCGAGAUUUUAAACUGCAGGUAGUAGUGUGUAUUCUCCUUAAGUACUGUUUGUUGUGUCAGAUGUUCUACAUAUCACUGGAUGAAUGAGGAAUAAAGUCUAUGUGACCUUGG